ACCUGUAGUGAGAGGGGGGGCUAAGACACUGACCUCGAGUAUUUGUGCUUUUUUGUUUUUAAUUUGUGUGGUCCUAGCAGCCAGUCAGUAGGAUGGCUGUAGGCUUUCUCCUGAGCUAGAGAGACACUAUCCAUAUUCUUUAGAUCAGUAGCUGGGCUCCUCAUAAAGUGGGAUAGCGGCUUUCAGACAGGCUGUGUAACACUGCACUUGGUGCAUUAGACUGGGUGCUCCCUUUUCUGUAUUGAGCUAAAACACUUUGGGGGUGACUGCUAUGAAGCAACUGGAUCAGAGUACAGCACACUCCCCUGUUGCAUGAUAUUAUUUUUUUCCUUCAAAAAUUGCUGAUAAGGAGAUCUAGGUCAGGGUUGUUAUUAGCUACCUGUCUUACUUAGAAGAAAGUUCAUGCUUUCAGUUCUUUGCAAACAACCUAGUGUAAUAUUUGCUCUAGAAGGCAUUUAGAUACUGUUAUGAGAGGCUUGCCAGCAUAAAACAAUUAGCAUUGCCUACAAACAGUGCUUCUCAGGCAGCUUCUGAAGUGGAUAUAAAUUUGGAAUAACUUCCAUUGACUUCCAGGGAGUGCUGCUGCAUUUACACCAUUGUGCCCACUACCAGAAUCUAUCCCAUCUGUCUUUCCUUUGUACCAGUGGCACAAAUAGAAAUGUAAAAUUUGAUCUAGUUUGGGUGUCUCAUGCCAGUGUAUUUACAAAUCAAAAGGCUGGCAGAGUUUCCCGAGGAUAUAUCCUGCAGUCUGAGCUCACUGGAGUACAUUGGAUUCUCUGGCAUUAAUACCACAAGAGGAGCUAAAUAUGGAUACUUGAAUGUUUGGAAAGACAAUACCUUGCUGGUUUUUUCUUGCAUUAGAAGAAACAAAGAGGACAGAGAAGUUGAAUUAAAGAGAGUAUGAGGAAUAUCAAAGAAGGGUUAACUGAAGUGGCACACACUGUUGCUGUGCUGUUUGUCAUCUCCACCUUGUGCCGUGCUUAGGCACAGACCUGUCUUGCAGCAUUACAGAAGUUCUCAAAGUACCCAAGAUGUUAGCAGUUAUCUCAGAGAAGAAUAAAGACAUAGUACAUACCUUGGAGUGAAGAAAUAGAACACACUUGCUAAGAACUGGUCUCUGUUCAAAAAUGUAACUGUAUCCAAACUGAUGGAAAACACAUGUAUACCAUGUUGCAUGUGUCCUUUAAAUACCAGUGUGCACCCUAGUUUGUGUAUUUGUUCAUUAGACUCUUUGAAAUGGAGUCACACAUAAAGCGCAACCACAGGAACUGUAUUUGUUGGUGAAGGUCUUUCCAACUAUAUUGAAAAAGAAGCCAUCAGUCCAUGGGUUCAGUUCCCAGAGGAGGCAGCCCAGUGCAUUGAGAGUCACAGUUGGCAUAGGAGAGAUGUUAGUGAGGUGAACUACCACAGUGUCAACAACCAUGUAUCAAUAACAUCUAAAACCAAAACCAGUAGCUGGGAAAAUCCAGAGAUCUUAGCCUUUAAAGGUUUGGAAUACUCUUCUAUGCUUCUUUGUCUCUGAGCUGUUUAUUUUCAGCUUUUCUUGCUGCAAGUGUGAGAGCUAGAAACUCACUGUCCUGUCCAACUAAAACUUGAGUUUAAGUUUGUUUGCUUGAGGUACUGUAGGACUUAUAUUGCCAAUCAUGAGGGCUCACACUACUAAAACUACAGGUUUUUCUGGUCCUGGAGUCUGUGAUUUGCCCAUUUUUUCAGUGGUUGGUCUGGCUGAGGAAUGCUUUAUCCUAUUUGCAUUCACUGUAAAAUGUUCUUAGGAAACUCUGUGUUUGCCUUUGACAGGGAGAAAUAUGAGCAAGCUCAAGGAUUGUAUCAAGAGCAUAUGUGUGAGUUUAAUGCAGCUGCCCUUGUUUUAUUACAUACAAAAUAUCUUGAAAUAAUUUGGUUCUGUGCUGGGAGUCGAGCUGACACUCUUUUUCAGGGCUGACGUCAUUGUAAAGAGGACAACAAAGUGGAAAUUGCUAGUCUGUGUCCUAUCAAACUUGCCAGGAUUUUAGCAGUUUCUGAUCCAUCCUGGGAUGAAACCAAGAACUGUUCAUGUUACUGUUUACAAGAAAAACCAGCAAGAGAGAUUUGUCGAACCCAGUUGACUCUAAGGCUCAAACCUGAGUCUCUCAUACUGUAAUAAAAAGACACCCAAAGAAAUAGCUGUUUGCCAUUUUCUCUUCCUGGAUGUGCAGAUGAUGCAGUCUCUCUGCAGGGCUGAUAGCGUGGCACUGGUCUUUUCUUGUUGGAUGUUUCUGCAUCUGCUCCAGUGAUCCUUGGCCAGCUGGUUGAUCCAGAUUCUAGGCUGGUUGGCAUUGCUGGAGACCUUGCAGGGCCCUGCCAGUGUUUGGCCCACUCUUUUACAGUAAGGUGAAGAAUCAGAUUGAAGUUGCAUGAUCAGAUUUCAAACCAGAGAGUUCAGGAGGAAAGCUUCCCUUUAUUUCUCCCCUUUCAUGCCUCUCCAGUGGGACACAGUCCACAUAAAAGUCACAGACAAGAUAUCCCUGUCCUUUGUUGAUAAAAGCCCAUGAGACGAUGGGCAUUGUAAACGAUUUUGUAAUGGCUUCCUUUUUUACUCCAGGAUAUUUUUGAUAUUUGGCUUGUUCAGAGCAAUGAAAAACCUCUGAGGCUUCUGAGCUGCUGCCAUGGGAGAUGGAUGUCCUGGAGAGGUAACAGGGCAUGUUUAGGACAGUGAGGACAAUGUGAGGAUCUACAGCAGGGCUGGACUGCAGCUGGGGAGGCUGGCUCAGUACAUCACAGCUUCCCUUCCUCUGAGGGACCCCCUGGUCAGAUCCAACUGCUGUGGGGACCAGCUGCAGUGGAACACGGGGUUAACCAAGUUUCUUCAGAGCUCAGUUUUAGGGCUGAAGCUCCGUUAUGGAGAUGUGAAGUUGGAAAGAGUCUCUUUCUGGCUCUGUGUCCCUGUGUGGGUUUGCAAUGCUGCAUGGAAUGUUUCUGUUCCUUCUAGGCCAGUUUUCAUCUCCAAGGACAGAGACAAUUCCUAGACUUAGUUCAACUGUCUUUAUUCAAGCACUUCCUUGCCUGCAUAGCACUAACCUGCCCCGCUCACCCACUCCUCCAGCUGACAGUCCUGACAGUCCUGCAAGUCAAUGGCACAGGCAUCAUCUGUUUAUUCUGUAUUUCUGCAGUUGCUAACAUGAUGGAGUCCUGGAUACUGUGGUAGAAAUCAUUAUGAAUUUGUCCUUAGGCUAUUGGUGAGUCACUAAUGAGACUCAAAUAGAGGCAAUUAAGUCAGCUUUUUUUAUCAGUAUGGUUGUGUGAUUAUUAAUUGUUCAGAGCCUUUAAGUUUAAUGGUACAUAAGGCAGAGUCCCAGAAAAUCAUACCUCAUAUGCUGAAACUUCUGUUAUGAUGGUUUGAGACCUGCAAAAUUAAUCAUGAACAAAAGUAUUGGAGCUUACCUAGAUAUAUCAAAAUCAUAUUUCCCAAAGAUAACAUGCACAGGAAAUACAAAGAGUUGAGAGGUUUUGUUACUUACUUAUAUGUAUUUUUAUAUGCAAGAUAUCCAAGGUCUUAAGUAUAAAUGUCUUCACAUCUCUGUAUUUUAAAUGGGUGGGGGUUUUAACAUUGUGACUAUGAAGUCUGUUUUUUCUCCUCUUUCUUUUGAAGGAUUCAAAGAUUGUUUGGAUCUUUAUUCUUAAUCAAAAAGAGGAGAGAUGGGGAUAUUAAUCUUUAAAAGAGAUGUUCACCCCUAGCUUUCCUCAGGUAUUUAGGUUCCAUGUUAAGAAAUUUAAACAAAAUUAUAAUGUGUCAUAUAAGGUGAUUAUUUUUGUGUUGUUGAUUAUUUACUCAACAGUAACUAACUUACCUUUAACAUUUUGAAACAUGCCUGUUUCCAGGCCACUACUGCCAGGAAAUAUGCCUUUUUUACAUUGAUAAUAAUGUUUUGCCUCUUAUCUGCACGUCUGAGGGGUGUCUUGCACCACGUGCUCAGGACUGGCUCAACCCCACUUUCAUGCCAGCUUCCUGAGAAGGAAGCUGUGAGGUCUUCCCAGCAGACAGCCACACCACUGGCUUCCCACAGCUUCCCAUGGCACAGCCAAAGCAAAACACCAAGCUGUUACACCCUGCACAUAUUUCCUAAGAGGCACACAGCUGAAUGUGUCAACAUUUAUUGAGUCUGUCCAACCUCCUAGACUUUCAGGUUUAUAGAAUCACUAUGGAUGUGAAACAGGUGGGCAGGGAUAUGUUGUUUGUUUUCUUCUCUAGUGCCAGAUUUCGGGACCAUCAUGGGAUACUAGAGAGUGACAAGAUGAAAUUAAUGAACACAUUGAUCCUUCACAUGACACGUAGCUAAACUAUGGAAAUUGUUGCCACGGGAUGGUACAUGGGUUGGAGGGGGGAGAUUGGAUGAGCACCUGAAAGAGCAAUCCUUUCAUCAGUGCACUGGGAUGUGUUUCGGACAAUUACCGAAGUGUUUAUCCUGGUUCCUGCCUUGGUUGGCCUGAAGGGCAAUCUGGAGAUGACACUGGCAUCCAGGCUCUCUACUGCUGCUAACACUGGACAGAUGGAUGAUACCCAGAAGCAAUGGAAAAUGGCCACCUGCAAUUUAGCCCUUAUCCAGGUCCAGGCCACUGUGGUGGGACUGCUGGCUGCUGUUGCUGCUGUGAUCCUGGGGGCCAUCUCUAAGGGGUCUGUGGAGCUGAGCCAGGCUGCUGUGCUGUGUGCCAGCAGCGUGACCACGGCCUUCAUAGCUGCACUGUCACUUGGUCUGGUGAUGAUUGGCGUGAUCAUCGGAGCAAGGAAAGUUGGGAUCAAUCCAGACAAUGUUGCCACACCCAUAGCAGCAAGCCUUGGAGACUUGAUAACCCUUUCCCUGCUGGCGGGAAUCAGCAGUACACUCUUCAAAUACAUAGAUGUGAAAUACCUUUCUCCUCUGAUCUGUGCUGUCUUCAUUGUCAUGAUCCCUCUCUGGGUUGCUAUCGCCAAGCAAAGCCCUUCUCUUGCUGAAGUCCUGAAAUCUGGAUGGCAGCCGGUUAUUGUUGCAAUGAGCAUCAGCAGCAUUGGUGGGCUCAUCCUGGACAAAACUGUAACUGACCCAAACUUUGAAGGCAUGGCAGUUUUCACACCUGUGAUUAAUGGUGUUGGAGGGAAUCUGGUCGCCAUCCAGGCCAGCCGAAUUUCUACAUUCCUGCACUUCUGGAGCAUGCCUGGAGUUUUGCCGUACAAGAUGAGGCAGAAUUGGCCCAACCCAUGCACCACAUUCUUCUCAUCAGAGGUGAAUUCCAAGUCAGCCCGGGUCCUGUUCCUCCUGGUUAUCCCAGGUCACCUCGUGUUCCUCUACACCAUCCAUCUGCUGCAAGGAGGCCACACAUCUCUGUCCUUCACCUUUGUGAUGUUCUAUCUGACUGCUGCUUUGCUGCAGGUGGGAAUCCUGCUCUACGUGGCUGACCUAAUUGUGCGUCUGAUGUGGAGGAAGGCUCUGGAUCCGGAUAAUUUCUCCAUCCCCUACCUCACUGCCCUGGGGGAUCUCCUGGGCACUGGAUUCCUGGCCAUCUGUUUCCGCCUGGUUUGGCUCAUCCAUGGCACAGACAUGAACCUGGGGAACUGAGAGACCACGCGCAGAUCCGCGUCCCUCGUGCGAUACGGUGCUUUCCUCUGGGACAACAGGGUACUUGGCGAUGACUGCUGGGUCACCCAGCUGGAUUGGGCCUCCCCUGCCACCCUGACACUUCCCCUCCCCAUCGUGCCUUACGGCUGGGCUCGCCCGCCCCGAGGAAUCAGCACCCACAGACUUGCACCCUGGCAAGUGAGCGAGCCGGUUUUAAGAAGCGCCCGCUGCUCACACCUGCACCCAACAAACAAGGGGCUAAGGAGUGUUUGGGCCAUUGGUAAUGAAUGAGCAUUUUGGUCGGUGGUUUCAGUCCACCUACACGGCCCUGAGGCUGCUCCAAAGCCUGCCGAGGUCACUGCACCUGAUCCUCCAAGUGGAUGUUGCAGCCCCUCCAUUGGUAACUCUGACUUUCCCUCAAGGGAAAUUCUUCAUUCACCCCCCUUUCCUCCUGCUGAAUCCCUGGAGGAGAGCAACUAGGUCUUUAAACUUGUCUCCUCUCCAUCGCUCAGACAGAUGCUCAGGAUCUGAGGCAGUGAGCUGCUGGCUCCCGCCCAGCAGGAGGUUAUGUAGGGAUACCACCUACCUGCCCUGGCAGCAUCACUGGUGUCUGACAGACAAGCUGGUUUGAUUGCAUUUUGGGGGUAGGAAGGUUUGUUUUUACGGUUUAUGAAAUACCCAGUAGUUAAAAUGUUUAUAGAAACACAUAUAUAAAUAAAGUGGGUAAAAAAAAAAAGAAAUGCUGUGGAUUUGGG